UCCUCCACCAUGGCUACUCAAGACGAUGCCAAAGUCGCCACGGCGUCUGAGAAGACGGGCGACUACAGCACCGACGCCACCGAUACACUGGCCCUCCCCAACUCGUGGAAAUACAAGCGCCUCAGUUUCUUCGGCUUCCAGCUUCCCUGGUAUGCCUCGCCGCCCGUCCAGCUCGUCAUUGUCUCCUUUGUGUGCUUCAUGUGCCCGGGCAUGUUCAACGCCCUCAAUGGCAUGGGCGGCGGUGGCCAGAUGGACCCCAAGGCCAACAACCGUGCCAACACGGCCCUGUACUCGACCUUCUCCGUCGUCGGUUUCUUCGCCGGCACCUUCACCAACAAACUCGGCAUCCGCACCGCCCUCUCGUUUGGCGGCAUCGGCUACUGCGUCUACGUCGGUUCUUUCCUCAGCUACAACCACACCCAAAACCUCGGCUUCACCACCUUUGCAGGCGCCCUUCUCGGUGUCUGCGCCGGUCUGUUGUGGUGCGCCCAGGGUGCCAUUAUGAUGUCCUACCCUCCCGAGAACUCAAAGGGUCGUUAUAUCUCGUGGUUCUGGAUGAUUUUCAACUUGGGCGCCGUCAUCGGUAGCUUGAUCCCUCUGGGCCAGAACAUGCACGUUACCUACGCUGGCAAUGUCAAUGACGGCACCUAUGUCGGCUUCCUCGUCCUGACCCUCAUCGGCGCCGGACUGGCAUGGACUCUUGUCGAUGCGAAGAGCGUCAUCCGCGACGACGGAUCCAAAAUCAUCAUCAUGAAACACCCAUCCUGGAAGUCGGAAAUCAUGGGCUUGUGGGAGACGUUUUUCACUGACCCUUAUAUCCUGGCCUUGUUCCCCAUGUUCCUUGCCUCCAACUGGUUCUACGUCUACCACUUCACCGAGAUCAAUGGUGCUUACUUCAAUGUCCGCACACGUGCCCUCAAUGGCGUCGUCUACUAUCUUUUCCAGAUUGUCGGUGCCUACGUUUUUGGGUUUGCGCUUGAUUUCCAGGGCAUCAGCCGAACCAUGCGCGCCAAGCUCGCCUGGGCUGCGCUUUUUGCCGUCAUCAUGAUUGUAUGGGGCUGCGGCUACAAGUUCCAAACCACCUACGACCGUGCGUGGGCCAAAGACGAGACAAACCCCAAGAUGGACUGGACCGACGACGGGUUUGGAGGACCUUUUGCUCUUUACAUCUUCUACGGAUUCACCGACGCUGCAUGGCAAACCUGUGUCUAUUGGUUCAUGGGUGCGCUCACCAACAACGGACGCAAGCUUGCCAACUUUGCCGGUUUCUACAAGGGAAUCCAGUCUGCCGGUGGUGCCAUCACGUGGGCUCUCGACGACGCCGGCACCGAGUACAUGACCAUGUUCGCCAUCAAUUGGGGACUUUUGGCAGGAAGCUUGCUCAUCGCACUCCCCGUCAUACUCUGGAAGGUCAAGGACACGACAUCGCUCGAGGAGGACGUCAAGUUCACCGACGAGACUAUAGAUGAAGUCGCAGCCAAAGCGGUUGUGAUUGCCCCAGGCGCCGACACCACGGGCAAAGUCUAA